GAUUUUCCUGACUGACCCAAAGUUGGUGGUAUUACCUCCAGGAGUGCCCCAGGCUAGAACUGGCAACCCUGAAAUAAAGUGUGUGUGUGAGAUUGUAUACUUCAAUAAAAUACUUAAAUAAAAAACGUAUAGACAUAGUGAGAAAAGCCACAGAAGAGGAGAGGGACUUACAAUGUUUUGGUGCCAUGUCUGAUUCUUAACACCUAAAUAAACUGUAGUCUACAAGAACAUGUAACUCUUUUUAAUAAGGAUAGCCUUUACAAUGAUACUUGGCUCCAGCUUCUUUUUUAAUUAAUUAGCUGCCUGUUCAAAUUAGCAGGCAGCAGUUCAAAGGAGCCCCUGAGAACAACUCCUCCACUAUUUCCUUGUUAUCUCAACACCUGUUACAUAGGUAGGCUUUCUGUUUUUGUGACUUUAGGCACAACUCUAGGCAACUGAGAAGUGCCAUCCACUUCUGGAAACCUGAAAGAGAAACUCGUUUUACUUCCAACCCACAAAAAGCAUCAUGGCGUCGUUUUUUGCAAGUGUUGAAAUCGAGUUAAACUGUUGUAACUGUAUGCUAAUAUUGUUAUUAGUUAGCUAGCUUAGAGCCAAUUAGAUGUAAAGUAGAAUCUUCCCGCCAAAAAGGGGUGGUACUAUUCCUAAUAAGGUGCUCUCAGGAUUGACUAUUGGCUAAUCAAUAUUUUAGAGAUAGCAGUGCUGUUUGUCUCUUACACAGGGGUGGAGCUUUAAGAGAAAACUUCCUUUGUUCUUAGAGUCAGCGUAGCGAAGAAGUGUGAAGAAGCCAAUGUGGAGUAAAGGUAGAAAACUAUGUGAGGCUCUUUGUUCUUUUCUCUCCAUCCUUUCCCCUAAUUUUAUUUUAGUAAACUUUUCUUAGAAGCUAAACACACGGGUUGUGGCUGCUUUAUUUCCGCCGCCCUUUUAUGCACUCUACUGAUAUAUCUUAACCCAUGGCCUCAGCAAAUCCAGUGAAAGACCUUCAGGAUGAAGUCACUUGUUCCAUCUGUCUGGAUUUCUUUCAAGACCCCGUGAUGAUCGUAGAAUGUGGGCACAAUUUCUGCGGCGCCUGCAUCACCAAGCACUGGCAAGGCUCUGAUCGUAGCGAUCUUUGCCCCGAGUGCAGGCGUUUGUUUUCCUACCAGAGUCUUAAGCCGAACAGACAACUGGGGAAGACUGCAGAAAAAGUGAAACAGGUCAGCGCGCAGCUGAAAAGCAACAAAGCAGACACGCUGGAGAGAAUGUGCAAGCAGCACCAGAAAGCUCUGACUCUCUUCUGCAAAACUGAAGAGCGCCUCAUUUGCCAGGUCUGCGAGAAAACCAAGGCUCACAGAAGUCAUGCAGUUGUUUAUGCAGGAGAAGCGGCUGCAGAUUACAAGGAGGUACUGCUGAGGCAUCUAGCAGAUCUGAAGCAAGAAAGAAACAGGAUUCUCUCCAUUCAAUCAAAUGGAGAAAAGCCUAGUCAGAACUUAUUGAAAGAGGUGCAAGCUAUGAAGCUGGAGAUUGUAUCUGAAUUCCAUGAACAGCAGCAGUUUUUGGAACAACAAAAGCAGCUCCAGCUGUCCAAGCUGAGAGACCUAGAAAAGGAGAUUGAGAAGAGAAGAGCUGACUAUGCAAGCAAGUUUGUGGAUGAAAUAUCUUACAUCACUGAUCUGAUUGGUGAUGUGGAAAAGAAGGCUAAGCAACCAGCAAAUGAGCUCCUGCAGGAUAUUAGAUAUGAGUUGGACAGAUAUGAGAAGGAGGAAUUUAAGUGGCCAGUUGUACCUCAUUCUUCAGAUGUGCAGAAAAAGCUCAAUACAUUUUCUCAAGACUGCAUGUAUCUGCAACGUAUUCUAAGGAAAUUCAGAGAGACUCCACUGAAACCAACAUGGAUCAAAGAAAAUGUGUUGCUAGAUCGAGAAACAGCCCAUCCCCGAUAUGUUGUGUCUGAAGAUUGGAAAAGUGUAAGAUGGGGGGACAUCCGUCAGGAAUUCCCCUACAACCCAAAGAGAUUUCAAUAUAUUCGUGGUGUUCUUGGAUGUGAAGGAUUCACUUCUGGAAAACAUUAUUGGACUGUGGAUGUAGGAAAUGGAGGUUGUUGGGCUGUGGGAGUGGCCAGAGAAUCUGUGGAGCGGGAGGUGCAAAUUGAUUUUCAACCAGAUGAGGGAAUCUGGGCGAUUGCACAUUCCAGUGAUCAGUACAAAGCUCUAACCUCACCUCCUACUCUGCUGGAUGUAGAAGAUGAGCCAACACAGAUCAAGGUUUGUUUGAACUAUGAAAAGGGGACAGUUGCUUUUUAUGAUGUUUACGAUGAUACCCGCCUCUUCAAAUUCUUUUCAGUUAAUUUUGAAGAGGAGGAAGUUUUUCCUUUUUUCCGGAUUGUUGAUUCAUCCACAGUUCUGGAAUUGUGUUCUUAAAAAAUGGGUUGGUUCUCUGCCAUGGUUGAGUGUAGCUGAUAUUUAAUGUAUCCAUACAGUAGUUGUUUGGUGGACCAAGCUGCCCAAAACUUUAUGUAGGCUUUGUUUUUCCUCAUUCUUUUUUAAAGCAAUGAAAGUACUUUGUUUUGAAGAAAAACUGUGAUAUUUAUGAUCACUUAGAUUUAGGAGAAAUUUCUGACCCAUACCUGGAACUGGAAUUAGGUACAAAUCCAGAUGCUAGUAAAAUCAGGGAUGGAAUGGCACAGACCGCUAUCUGAGCCAAAAUUUGGGCUGGACUUUCUCCAAUUUGGAGCUUGGAAGGUUUCACUCAAAUAUCACAUAUUUACCGUGGUUUAAUGUCACUUUAUUUUUCCAUAAUUUCAUCAAACCGUUAAUAAACUUUUAAAAAUUUCUUUUAA